CUCGUUCCAAGCCCACCAGUCCAAGACUCUAACAACAGCAUCAUGAAGAAUGAUUUCUCCCCCGAGAUGAAGUCGGCCGAAGUCGACGGCCCCCAGCUGGAGAGCAACGGCUCCAUCAGGUCGGGAAAAGUCGAAGACGGCCUCGAGCUGUCGCGCCUUGGCAUCAACUCGCAGACGAAGCGCGACCUCAGCCUCAUCAGCAUCAUCGCCCUAGGAUGGAACAUCUGCAACAGCUGGGCCGCCAUUGGCGCCACCAUGAGUCUCUCCAUCGCCUCGGGAGGCUCCGUGACGCUGCUGUACGGCCUGCUCCUGAUCGUCGUGCUCAACGGGAGCGCCGCCGCCACCCUGGCUGAAAUCGCGAGUGUCUACCCUACAGCCGGCGGACAAUACCACUGGACCAGCAUCCUCGCGCCCAAGAAAUGGAGUCGUGGGUUGAGUUAUUGUUGCGGUGCUAUCAACCUGCUCGGGUGGAUUGCCACCGCUGCUGGUUUCGUCAUCACCACGGCUCAGUUGAUUACCGGAUUGGCUACCUUCAUGCAUCCCACUUACACCAUAGAAGCAUGGCAUGUUUUUCUGAUCUUCCAGCUCAUGAACGUCAUGUUCAUCCUGUACAACAUAUUCCUCAUAAAGAGAACGCUAUGGAUUCACGACGUUGGAUUUGUCAUCUCUCUUGUCAGCUUCCUCGUUAUCCUCAUUACCUGUCUCGCUCGGAGCCAGUCCAAGCAGUCCGAUGCUUUUGUCUGGGGGAACUUUGUUAACCCUUCUGGUUGGUCGGCAGACGGAGUUGUCUUCCUCAUUGGGUUGUCCAAUCCCAACUUCAUCUACUCUGGUCUUGACGGUGCUGUCCACCUCGCAGAGGAAUGCACUGAUGCCGCGAGAACGGUGCCAAAGGCCCUCAUGUCGACGAUCAUCGUAGGAUUCAUCACUGGCUUCUCCUUCGCUAUUGCCAUGACCUACUGCACCACCGAUUUCGACGCCGUCAUGGCUGCCCCAAUUCCGAUUCUCGAAAUCUGGUACCAGGCAACCAGGUCCAAGGGAGCAGCCGUGGUUUUUACCGCCAUCCUUACCAUCUGCGGCUGCUUCGCCAUCAUCGGAUGUCACCAGACGGCCUCUCGCUUGACGUACUCCUUUGCCCGAGACAACGCCCUCUUCUUUUCUCCCAAAUUGUCAACCGUGAGUGAAACCUACGGAGUCCCAAUGUUUGCUCUUUUGGCAAACGGCGUCGUGGUUGCCAUUAUCGGUUGUGUAUACCUGGGUUCGACUUCCGCCUUCAAUGCCAUGGUUUCAACUGGUUUGAUCUUGCUGCAAACCAGCUUUGCCUUCCCUGCCGCGCUCCUACUAUGGAGGAAGAGAUCAGUUCGAUUCCUGCCAAAGAAUAGGCCAUUCAGGCUGGGACCGUUUGGAUGGGUCGCCAACUGCCUCACCAUUGUGUUUGCUGUCGUGACCCUAAUCUUCUAUUGUCUCCCGACGGUGCUGCCUGUUACCGCCGGAAACAUGAACUACGCAUGUGCUGUCAUCGGUGUUAUGUCCAUAUUUGGGUCAAUUAAUUGGUUUGGUUACGCAUCGAAGAACUACAAGGGACCGUCCAUGGAGGAUAGUUGAAUGCAGCCUCGAGUUAGGUGUCAGGAUAUGUACUUUGACAGAUAGGACUCAACAUUUGUUUUGCCCUGUUUUCGCAUUCAUCGCUUCG